AUGGACGGGUUUGAUGAAACGAAAAUGAAACAGCUACAGCUGUUGAAGGAAAAAAUGAAGAUUGCCAAGGCACAGAAAGUAGAAGAAGUAAAAAAAAACGAAGACGUCUUCUCCCUCUCGCAUGACGUAAAAAAUGUAAGAUCAUUCGAGACACAAGAUAUCAGAUUUAAUAAAAUAGGAAAAAAAUUUUUUGAAAAUUUUACUCCUAAUAAAAAAGCAACACAUAUUAAGGGGACGAAUAGUAGGUACCCUUUUCAGCAAGCCAAAAGUGGAAAUGCUAAUUUCCCUUUUAAGGCAAAAAAUGGAUUAAUCAAAUUGGCAAACGAGCCCAAUGCGUUUGAUACGCCACUAACAUUUGAAGAAGUCAUGCGAAGAAAAAAUGAAAAAAAAAAAAAAGAAUUGGAGAAAAGUGGGCAGAAUGGUAUGGUGGACGAUAUGCUAAAUAAUGUAAGGCAAUUUAAUUUGAGUGAGGAGGGCGAGGACAAAAACGAGUCUGGCCUCCUCCAGGGAAUGAGUCGCACGUACGCAGAUAAUGCCCAGGGUGGUAUGCAUGCAGAGGAGGAGCAGCACCAGGCUAAUAACGACAGUCAUGGGGGAAGCGUUAAUAUAUAUGGUGAUAUGUACAGUGAUAGUAGUCCCCUGAGGCAAUUACAAGAAAUGAAUCGCCUGAACAACUAUGAUGAUGCAGGUGGACUCCACCAAAGCAAACUUCAUGACAAAGCCACUAACAGCGAACAAAUGUUAAGCGGAUAUACAACCGACAAAAAUAAUUCAAUUAAUGGAAAUAUCUCCAAUAAUAGCAGUUCUUUUGGCAUGGAUGUCUUGAAGAACAGCCAGUCUCUUUCACAUGGUAUGAGUUCUUUUACUAAUUAUUUCUCACAGCAGGUGGGUAAAGGUCAGGAUGUUUCAAAAAUCGGUGCAGAUUUGAACAGGACCUCCCCUGACGCUGUUAACAAUGUGGGUAGUCCUCUCAGCGAGAGCUUCCCAGGUACUACCUCAGCUGGAAGUGGCGUGGGCGGUCUGUUUGGCAGCCGCGGAGACCUCACAAAUCGCAGUAGUAGUAGUGGUAGUAACAUUUUUGGGUGCAGCCUAUCCAAGUUAAACCAAACCAUUUUUAACCAAACGGUUAAUAUUCAGAGUUCAAGUCAAGGCCCAAGUAACAAUAUGCACAAGGGGAAUGAUAGCAACAUAACUCCUUCUGCUAGUAGUCCCUCCAAGGGGGACAGUGCCCACAGCUUAUUUCAGAGCAGUGCAAAUAGCACUCUCGGAGCAAGUACUAUUUUUGGGACUAAUAAAGCACCUAUUGGAAGUAACGAACCUGUUACGAACAGCUCUCCUGUUCCCCCAUCUACAAACCAAAGCAUUGAAGCGAGUUCUCUUUUCACCCGCAACGAUGGAAGUAGUAAUAGGAACAACACGGGCAGUCUUUUUAACAAUUCAUUUAAGAGUACUAAUUUGGACACCACGCGGAACGCGCCAGAUGCAGCAGGCAAAAAUGGCCUCUUCAAUAACGCCAGCGAUGGGAGCGGGGUCAACGUGUUUGGAAAUUUGAGAAGCAAAGCUCACCUGUUUAGUGGUAGUGGAAGCAUUUUCGGGAAGCCCAGCGCCGGCACCACCAACUUGUUUGGCAUUGCUGCUAACGAGAAGAGCCAAUUGGGAAGCGCAGCUAGUGAGAAGAACCAACUGGGGAGCGCCGCUAACGAGAAGAACACACUCGAAAAGGCCAAUACGGGAAAAGGCAUUUUCGGGCACCUGCCAGGUAGCAGCAACCCCUUUGGAAACGCCUCUGGCAGCGGCAACCCGUUUGGAAGCGCCCCUGGAAGCGGAAGUAACAUUUUUGGAACCCCCGCAAAUGCCAGUAUUAACCUUUUUGGAAAGUCCUCCGGAGGAGCCAACCUCUUUAACAAAAGCGGAGGUACUAACAGCACGAGCCACGUUAGCAACGCGAACAACUUUUUUGGGAAGCCCCCCGUGGGUAGCAACAUUUUCGGCGCCAGCAGCAGUUCACUGAACAAUGUUGGCGCGGUUAGCGGCCUGCUGAGUGGCAACCCUCAGAACACCCCCGACAGUAGGUGCGGCGCCCCUGGCGAGAACCUCCUGAAUACAAGCAGCAAGUUAAUAAGUGACGGUCCCACCAACCGUUGUGGCCUUGGAAGCAGAGGCGCAAGUGCCGUCACUGCUCCUUCCCAAGCGUACCUCAGUAGAGGCAUAAAUGGGAUGCAAAAAGGAAGUGACAUCAACGCAAGAGUUAUGAAGUUUAAAAAUACCCUGUCUAAUAUUAAUAGUAAAAGAUCUGGAGAUCUGAACGAACCGGUGGCGCAUAGCAUCGGGGAGAAUGAAACUCAAGUGGAUCAAACGCGUGUGGAAGGUUCCCCCGAUGCCAGUGAACAACCCCCUGCACAGGAUCCACGUGGUGUGGAAGAAAAUGAUGCAGCCAGCCCAUCACAAUCAUUGCAGUACCAGAAUGUGGAGCAAGCAGGAGAGAGUAAUAAUGACGAGGCUGCUCAGCCAACGUGUGAUAGUCCUGAUGGAGAAUCAGCCAAAGCAAGUCAUGACAAUGAAAAUGAAAAUGACAAGGAAGAGGGCACUAACAUCCGCAAGACUUUCUCAAGUUAUUUUAACACGUUCAUUCCUUCCAUAUUUUCAAGCCCUAAUAAACAAACCACAAAAGAUGAGUACCCCAAAGGGGACACUUCCAAUGAUGAAGUGAAGACAGAAAAUGUCGAGGUGACUAAAAAUGCCCAUGAUAAUCCAAUUGGUAAGGAUGCAUCGGAGGGGGAAAACAUUAAUACAAGUCCUCUCCGCAGUGACAAGGAUGUGGGAGAGAUGAAGACAUUCUUUAGGGCCACCCCAUUGAGGGACCCACCGAAUGCAACUCUCUCUUCACGAACCAAUAAUGCAAACACGCUGAAAAGCAACCAUGAUGUUGUUUUAUUGAAGGAUGAAAAAAUAAAUGAACCUCUACAUUUCGACCCGCUUGUAGAUUCUGACAAGGCGAAUAGUAACAACCACGAGGUCCUGCCCGCUAGGAGCCAAAACGAGAUACGCAGUCACGCCGUAGCAGAGCAAGAACAAAUACGAAACACUAACACGGCCGAAGGGAUGAAUGUCCAAGUAGACGUUAAUCAAAACGGUUCAGUGAACCCUCUCAGUGAUGAAAAUAACAAAACGAAAAAUUUAUUCAAUCAUGAGGCUACUGUCCCAAAUAGUGGGACCUCCCCAGGGAUGGAAAGCAAAAUGAAUCCUACAGCAAGGAUUCCCUUUUCCAAUGCAAAUGUUGGACGCAGUACAGAACAGGUUGCGACAUUGCCCAGUUCGGUGAUCCCCUCUUCGGAGGAGAAAUCUGGUAGGAGCAUCCUCUUGGGUAAUGGGUUGGAUAAUGUUAAAAACGAACGGAACAGCAGUAGUGCCGCUUGUCAUGUGAGCAGUAAGGUUGAUGAACCCAAGGGUAUCUUUCAGAGGACUCCAAGUCAUAACAACCUGAUCGAGGUACCCAAUGCAGACGGAUUAGAAAAUAAAGAAGACAUUGAAAAAAUGAACCAAAUAUAUAAAAAUAUAAAUUGCAUAAACAAAAAUAUAAGCUAUAUUAACAAGUACGUCCCUUCUACCAUUGAAGAUGUGGACAAUUAUUUGCAUGAGAAUAUCACCUCGGUGCAAAAUUACGAUGCCUUAUCUAGCGCAAACCAAACGUGCCUAGAAAAAAUGAAUGCACCUAAUAAUUCCGCACAGUCAAAUAAGGAAUUAAAAAAUAUGAUAAACGUUUUGAAUAAGCAAAUUGGUACAGGUGGUGGACCCUCUGGAGGAGGGGGAGACGACAAGGGAGCCCCAAUUGGCAAGGCGAAGGGAACUCUGUUUUUUAACCCCUUUAAUAGAGGUAGCCAAGUGGAUAUGACACAUAACGCGAAAGCAGGACUAAUACCUUUUGCGCCAGAUGGAGAACCGUCCAGAUGUACCCCCAUUUUUAACGCAACAGGGAAACACACUCCUGGUGGUAAUUUUUUAAACACAAAAAUGCUGACCCCCACAGAAAAAUUAAAAUUAAUAAAUGAAACUUCGAAAGGAAUUGAAACGAAUGAAGAAUCCGAUGUGGACGAGAAAAUACCUGAACACGUUCAGAAAAUUAUGGAAAGAAGAGAAUAUUUUAAAACAAAAAAUACGUUAACAAAUAGUGACUCAAAUAAAAACAUCGGAAUGAAAAAAAUUAAACCAUUUGUCCCAUCAGAAUGUAGUGAAUCUUUUAGAAAUACCUUUUACACAAAUGAAAAUAGUAAAAAUAAGAAUAAUGUUUUUUCUCUACAAAAUUUAAGCAGUAUGAAUAUAUUGAGCCCCAACCAGGGCAGUAGUAUCGGUGCUGCUGCUCUAGGCACUUACCCCACGGUGGAUAACCGCAGCACCAUUUUUAAGGACUUCCCAGUGGAGACGCAAAACAAAAGAGAAAUGCACACAUAUAGCAGUGAGAAUUUUUUUAUGUAUAAUAAUAUGGCACCUUCGUCGAGCAACACCAUUAUGAAUUCCACUUUUGCGAGUGAAAAUGCACAAAAUCGUUAUAACCCCCUGGCGCCGACCAAAAAUUUUAACAGUGCAGUUAAUUCAGGCGAGUUAACCAGCAGGGUGCAUGGCGGUGUGGCAGGAGGUGAAACGAAACCAUCAGGAGAAUCUCUCAUUAAGAUGCAAGAAGAGCUAAACAGACAAACCGAUUUUAUUUCGAACAUCUACACAAGUUUAGGGAAAAAUAAUUUUAUUUACGACAACCGCCGAGAGAUGGACUCGACGCGUGAUGAGCAGAGAGGUGACCAUGGGGACGAUGAACUAGGCCCCGCGGCCACCAACACGGAUGACGCUUCAUUGAAGAAGAGAAGCCUGGACUGCAUCAGUGGCGCCCACGACGACAAUGAUGACGUACGUGACGAUGAGUCAAACCCGUUCGAUAACAUCGAAAACGGAGAUGACGACGAUCCCACAUGCGCACGGAAGAAAAAAAGGAAAUUUGCUACCAAUGGAAUUAAUGAGGAACUGCUUUCAAAGGAUAACAGAUGCAUUGACAUAUCCAACUGUGUUAAAGACAUUAGAGACUCCACGACGUUGGAGGACAUUUCGACCAACUUGAGCAAGUAUACCGUGGAGAGCGAACGAAUUUUGUGCGACAUAAUUAACGAUACUUUUAAAAUGUCGCUGAAGAUUUCUUCGCUCAGCGAUUUACCCUUUUUGUUCGAGGACUUCCCCUGA